CGAAAGUGCGUUUCCUGUCACACUGUCUGCCGCACAGCCGCAGUCAGCUGACUGAAGCAAACAGGAGUCCAGGAAACAGCGCAUUCAUUCAUACUCCGCUGCAGUCAUGAAGAAGAACAAAUGCAAAGCGAACACGACCGCCGAGAAGGAGUUUGUGUUUGAGUUCAAAGCCGGGAGACACAACUGUGUCCUCAAAGUGCCUCUGCAGUUUCCUGUUCAAGAGAACAUCAGUGACCUUCAUGGACGCCUGAUGCUGCUGCAUAAAAUACCCUGCUACAUAGAAAAUGAGCUAAAAACCUCACUUUCCACCUUCAUCGAGAAGGAGACUAUCCUGGAUUACGACAGAGAGGCAGAGCUGGCCCUGCAGAGACUCACAACAGGAGAUGUAGAUGUAAACCAGCUCACUAAUGCAUGGACCAGGUCUUAUGUGGAGACUACACUAGAGCACGCUCGGCCCGAGGAGCCCAGUUGGGAUGAGGACUUUGCUGAUGUUUACCAUGAGCUCAUACACUCUCCGGCCUCAGAUACCCUCCUCAACCUGGAGCACAACUAUUUUGUUAGCAUCUCCGAGCUCAUCAGUGAGAGAGACAUGGAGAUUAAGAAGCUGCAGGAGAGGCAAGCUGCUGAAAUGGACAAAGUGAUGCAUGAGCUGGGAAAUACUUUGAGUGACCAGGAUGUAAAUGCAGUUGCUUCUCAACACUUUGAUGCACAGCAGGUGUUGGAGAACAAGUGGGCCAGUGAGCUGAAGCAAGUAACCUGCAUUCAAAAGCAGGAGUAUCAGGAGUGGGUCAUCAAACUGCACCAGGACCUGCAGAAAUCUAACAACAGCAGCAAAAUUAAUGAGGAGAUUAAGGUGCAGCCCAGUCAGCUGUCAGAGCUUGCAGAUUCUGGGGCCCGGAUGUUUGAAGAGCAGCCUCAGCUGGAGGAGAGUUUCACCAUACACUUAGGAGCACAACUGAAGACGAUGCACAACCUGCGGCUGGUUCGGGCAGACGUGCUGGACUUCUGUAAGCACCGGCGGCACGGCAGCGGUGGAGCAAAGCUGAGGCGGCUACAGACGGCCCUUUCGCUCUACUCCUCCUCACUCUGUGGUCUUGUGUUAUUGGUUGACAACAGGGUCAACUCUUACAGUGGCAUCAAGAGAGACUUUGCAACUGUGGCGAAGGAGUGUACAGACUUCCACUUUCCCUGUCUGGAGGAGCAGCUGGAAGAGGUGCAGCAGGUGGUGCUCUAUGCCAGAGCCCAGCGGAGCAGCAAGCAGAAAGAACAACCCGAGAUUCCAAGGAAUGGAGGUGAUGAUAAGAGCAAAAAUGUGGAAAGGAAUCCAUCUAACAUCUUACCAGGUGAGUUUUACAUCUCGCGGCACUCCAACCUGUCAGAGGUCCAUGUCAUCUUCCACCUGUGCGUGGACGACAACGUGCGUUCAGGGAACAUCACAGCCCGGGAUCCUGCCAUCAUGGGCUUGAGAAACAUCCUGAAGGUCUGCUGCACACAUGACAUCACCACUGUUACUGUUCCUCUGCUGCUGGUCCACGACAUGUCAGAGGAGAUGACCAUACCGUGGUGUCUUAAGAGAGCUGAGCUGGUUUUCAAAUGUGUCAAAGGCUUCAUGAUGGAGAUGGCGUCGUGGGAUGGAGGUAUAUCACGCACAGUCCAGUUUCUAGUGCCAAAGAGUAUCUCAGAAGAAAUGUUCUACCAGUUGAGCAACAUGCUGCCUCAGAUCUUUCGAGUCUCCUCCACCCUAACGCUCACCUCAAAGCACUGAUGGAUAGAGAUGCACCACCUCGCAUCAUCAAGUUAUUCAGACUAACAGAGAGACAAGUUGUAUUUCUUUUUUUUAACUUUUUUAUUUACUUUUAUUUUCAGGACCUAAAGCGGAUUUGAUGAAGUAGCACAUGAUGAAUAAACAUGAUAUGGUGGCAUUAAAGCGCUUACAGUCGAGGUACAAAAAGCAUGAGAAAAAGGAUUUUUAUGGAAUUUGUGAGCCUUUUUUUUUUUGCACCAAAGUUACACACUUUUUAUUGAAAGAGUGGAUUCAAUGGCUCACCAAAGCAGCUGCUGAAAUUAUUUCAAGCCUCCAGGGCGCGGUUCUGGUGACAGAGUUUUAUGACAUCAGCCACCAGUGGUGCAAGUAUUCCUGUUUUCUUUUAAAGCUGCAAUCUGUAGCUUUCUGCACAUUGGAGAUGCAGCAUAAUGGAAAAUCUGGUGUUGGUGAAGCUGUUUUAACUCACUGGCAUGCAGUGAAAAUACCAUCAAAUGAGCAGAUAAAGUAAAUAUGAAAACACAGCAUUUUCUAAAGCGAUUAAGCUAGAUGGAGCAGGCACUGGCAGAUGUGACCUAACAAAACUUCUAAACAUUUCUGAAUCGCUGUGAGCAACCACACUAAAUGUGACUUUGGUAGUGUUUUCACCACACACACAGAUGGAAAUAAUAACAGUAUGUUGACAUCAUAGAUCUCAGCUUUAGAUCUACUUUUUUCUUUGUUUUGCUGUACAGCAUGAGGUCCCUGCCUACAUCAUAUUUCAUCUGUUGAAUGUUCACAAAUUAGUCUUGAUGUAUAAUCACACAGUUCAGCCAUCGUGUGAGAUUUAGCGGUCUAACCCACGGGUCAUUGGCUUCAUAUUUGUGGGCUGAUUUAUCCACAGACAAGCGACAUAAACUUGGCUCUUCUAAGUCGUGAAGAUAAAUGGUGUUUUUUUGCCGAGAUGAGCAACGUGCAGGUGCCUUUGUGCUGCAUUGCAGUGAGUUGUGGUGAGGAUCACUCUUCAUGUGAGUGUGUGUGCACGUGUGUGGUCCCUCCCCGCUACUCCUGUGACAGCAGAUGGCACUGUUCUUAAAGACAAAGAUGUGAAAAGAGUGACGACGCACAAACUUCUUAGUUUCAAACAUAUCUGUCGUGUGUUCUACAUUCUGUAUAUUUACUGUAUUGUUUACAUUUUUAUGUUUUAAUAAAAUAAAAAAAAAGUAACACACAC